UCUUAGUGCACUAGUGAAAUUACAUUUGUCGACAUCGAUUGUAUUUCCACGUGCUGCUGUGGAAAGAAAAUUUGAUGUAAUGGCGGCUCGCACCUCAGAAACUGCGUUUUCCCCAAAUGGACAAUACUUUGCUAAUGUAAGCACCGACAGCCGAUUAAAAAUAUGGGAGUGUGAAUCCGGAAGACCAAAGCAGGAAUUUACCCCCGCGUCGCACUUAUCAGCCGCUUGCACGUGUCUCGUUUGGGCACCCCCUACCAAACAGCCGGAACAGAUUGUGAACCAGAAGAAAAAGAAACGUAAAUCAAAUGGAGAAGAGAGAUCUGGGGUGGCUGGGAGUGAUAUUAUUGCUCUUGGUACAGCCUCAGGAAAUAUUCUUCUAUAUAGUCUCAAUAGAGCAGAAUUGGUACAACAGUUGAAGGGAGGCCACACAGGGAAAAUACGCUCUUUGUGUUUUAAUAGUGACGGCUCGUCUCUUUUCAGCGCUGCAUCGGACCAAAAAAUCGUUGAAUGGGAUCCGGUGGAAGGUGUUAUGAAAAGUCAUUGGAAAGUGGAAAAAAUCCACGUUUCCCGAAUUUGUAUGCUGCAAGAUGAUUGCACUCUUGUAAUAGCUGGCCGUUCAAUUCAAUGUUGGAAUGUAGAAAGCCGCUCGAUUGUAGCCACAUUCACCGGCCACACAACAGAAAUUACUCAUCUGCUACCCGUGUAUUUACCAGGCACAAAAGUUGGAUACUUUCUAAGCGCUGCUGAUGGAGACCGUUGUAUCAGUGCAUGGAGAUUCGUCGGGGAAGAGAAAAACGGGCAGUCUCAGGCGUCGUUUACUUUGCAAGAUGAUCCGUAUAAUUUUACCGUUUCAAAACCUGUUUCUGACAAGGAUCCAGUCGUUUUGGCGGCAGUGACGCUCACGGGGAUCCUUCACAUCUUUGAGCAUCAUUUAAAUGGACGGUCAAAGAAGCCUUUGCAACCAGUUGUUAAGAUCCAUAUUGGAAGUGAUGUAGUUGGUACCGCAAGUCCACUUCCCGUUUUAUCUGCAUAUUCGUGUGGUGAUGCAGAUGGAAACUGUAUCAUUGUAUACGGGUCGCUUGUUCGACCUGGAUUUGAAAAGAUGUGUUACCGAUCCCAAGAAGGAAUGGCUUAUAUUGUUCGAAGAGAUCCAGCUUCUCUGGAUAAUUCUAAAUUUGAUACUACGUCAUCGGCUUUGAAAUUGAAAACUCCCAUAUUGCCAGCUGAUGUUAAAACCUUAGCUCCAGAGUACAUGGUGCCAAUGGCAGCGUCCGCUGAGGUCGGAGGUGUUGUUGCAGGAAGAAAGCGGAGAACGCAAAAUUCGGAGUCAAGUUCUGGUCCGGUUUCGGCAAAAGAUUCUCUUCCGAUGGAACAGAGGCUUUCAGCUUUGAAUCUUACCAAGACCGUCGAUGCCGUUGCCCCUCCACAGGCCGAUAACAUGGCCCAACUUCUUCUUCAGGGGCUACACAGUAGGGAUCCAAAAAUUUUACAGAGUGUGUUGGAUCGCGGUGAUGUUCACAUCAUCGGCAACACGAUCCGGCGAAUUCCAGUACAGGCCGUUUUGCCACUUAUCCUAGAACUGACGCGUAUGAUGCAAUUCAGAGGGCAUCCCAAUUAUUCUUAUGCAAAGUGGUUGCGAUCUUUGUUGGAACAUCACGCUGGAUAUUUGACAUCGUGUCCUGAUUUGGCGUCGGUUAUGACGCCACUCUUAGCUUUGAUGACUGCCCGCACUUCGCUCUUCCCUAAGCUUUCGCAGUUACGUGGUAGACUGCAUCUAAUGUUGGGAGAAUUGGAACAUCGAAGCGAUAAACAAGAUUCUACAACUACUGAACUACCAGCUACAGCUCUUCUUGUGUACAGAGAAGAAUCGUCCGACGAAGCAAGUGAAGAAGGAGAUUGGCCACUACAAUCUGGGUCUGAAUCAGAAGAUCAAUGGGAUGAAUUAUCUGAUUAUGGCGAAAGUAUGGACGUGAACGAAGUGAAAGGUGACAGUGAUCAAGAAUCUGACGAUGAAGACAAUAAUGAGGAAAUCGACGAAGAAGUGGAAGAAGCUUCAGAUAACGACAUUGAAAGCGUUGUAGAAAAUGGGUUGUCAGAUUGAUUUAAUUUCAGUUCCCCAUGGAUUCAUGAAAAUUACAAAUGAAGUUAAUUUUCGAAAUGUA